AAAGCGUUCUCAAGAGUCUCGGAAACUGGACGCCUUAAAUACGGCUCCGCUGGUAAUGAACUGAAGAGAUCGUAAUCCGCAAGAUGGCAAUCCCCUCAGCGCUGGUGUUCCUGAUGUUAUCCACGUCGUGCGCACUGACUCAAAAUGUUCCAUCCUGCGGUGUUCCCAAAGUUGAGCCUCAACUUGAGUACGAGGACCGUAUCUUAGGAGGAGACACAGCCGUCCCAGGCAGCUGGCCCUGGAACGCGGCCAUCCACACCAAGUCCAACUUCAGGCCUGAGCAGUUUUGCGGCGGAGCUUUGGUCUCGGAUCGACACAUCAUCACAGCCGCGCACUGCGUCAGGGCACAACCCUCACAGACAAUCCGAGUCCACCUCGGUUCCUACAAGAGGACCUUCCUCGACAGAGGAGAAGUAGCUGUUGACGUUCAAGAAGUCUGCCUCCACAAAAAUUACACGGGCCACAACGACAUUGCCAUCAUCACGCUUAAACGGCCCGUUAACUUUACGGACCAUAUCAUACCAGCGUGCUUGCCGAGGAGCGGCGAAGCAGUAGAAAGCGGCACAGUGGGCUAUAUCACAGGAUGGGGAAUUAAUGAUCCUAAAGGAGUGCACGCCUCACCGACAUUGAAGCAGGUAAAGACGCGGUUCCUGAAGCCGCAAAAGUGUUCUGUCGACUUCAACCUGACCAUUCCGGGCACCACAAUCUGCGGCACGCACGACUACGGUUCCACCUGUGAGGGUGACAGCGGUGGACCCGUGGUGCAGAAAAAGGACGAUCGUUGGAUUCUCCAAGGUUUGUUGUCCGGAGGUCCCCAUGUCUGCGGCGACAAGAAGUACCCAAUGCUCUUCACCGAAGUGUCAAGUUUUCUGAAGGAGUUCAUCUACCCGUAUAUGGCAGCGGAAACGCGGAAAGAAAAGGCACUUUUAUGUUCGCUUCAAUGACGAGGCGAUGCGAUGAGUGUGAAUUGGUGACGGCAACGGGACCUUUCUAAUAUUAUCUGUUGCUCGACUGAAUAGCAAUAAAUCUCGAAAUAAAUAGGACACUUGUACAUACAUAAACCAUGCAA